GGGACGUUUUGUUUACAAAACAUGCUCCAGCUUUGUCAGUGCUUGUGACACGCUCAAUGGAGGUUGUGAACAACUGUGCGAAACCCAGGGCGUCACUGUUACGUGUUCGUGUGUUGAAGGGUACGAACUUGAUGCCGACGAGCAAUCCUGUAACAACGUUAAUGAAUGUAACACCGACAAUGGUGGAUGUGAGGUCACGUGCUCCGAUACCAUUGGUUCAUUUCAGUGUUCUUGUGACGAUGGGUUCGUGCUUAACUCGAAUGGCUUUCUUGCGAUGAUGUUAAUGAGUGUAACGAGGGAACCGACGACUGCCAGCAAGUAUGUGUCAACACAUUUGGGUCAUUCCAGUGCGCCUGCAACGCCGGCUAUACAAAGAACGACGACGGGAAAACGUGUGAUGAUGUUAACGAAUGUUUUUUCAACAUCGACAUUUGUGAACAAAUUUGUGUCAACGACGUCGGGUCUUAUUACUGCGAUUGUGCAUCCGGGUAUACACUCAAUACAAAUGGUUUCGGUUGUGACGACAUUGACGAGUGUGAUCAAGGUACGGCUGGAUGUGAUCACGACUGUGUAAACGAAGAUGGCUCUUUCUACUGUAUGUGUGAUGAUGGCUGGAGGCUGGACGUCGGUGAUGGUAAAACAUGCAACGAUAUCGAUGAAUGCGAUGAGGGCAUUGACGACUGUGACCAAAACUGCCACAAUACAGAUGGCGGCUUCACGUGUUCAUGUACCGAAGGCUACCAACUAAGUGCAGAUGGGAAAACAUGUUCAAGUUCAAAUCCAUGUUUAAUUGGGAAUGGAGGUUGCCAGGAUGUAUGUGUACAAACCGGACCCGGGAGUAACGAAUGCUCAUGUUCAGGUUGUCUGGAGCUCGCUGCUGACGGAGUGUCUUGUAUUGAUACUGUAGCUCCAACCAUUGUCUGUGGACCUGAUGUUGGUGCUACUUUAGAUUGUGGAUGUGACGGAGUUGAAGUGUGUUGGAAACCGCCAAUUGCAAAUGAUAACUGUGGAAAUCCCAUUAUCACGGUUUCACACGAGGAAUCCGAUUUGUUUUAUGAAGGCACAACACAAGUGACGUUUGUGGCCACGGACGGAGCUGGUCACCGAGCAUCGUGUUCGAUUGCAGUUACUGUUGUAUGUGAUACACAGCCCCCGAAAUUCAACGAAUGCCAGCCAGAUAUAAUACUGUUUGACUGCGAGAAUGACGGCGAGGCAGUCGAUUGGGAAAUUCCCACCGCUAGCGAUGGGUGUGGCGGAGAUGUGGAUGUAAGUUGUAGCUCUAUGCCAGGAGCAUUUAUACCAUCCUGUGGGUCGUCCGAAGAAGUAACGUGCACCGCUACAGAUGACCAAGACAAUUCAGUGUCACACACUUUUAGCAUUACUCUCAUAUGUGACUACAACCCACCAACCAUCGAUGAUUGCCCGGCUGACAUCGUGGAAAGUACGACCAAUGAAGAUGGUAAAGUGGUUGACUCCUGGACCCUGCCAGGUGGCUCUGAUGACGAGUGUGACGUGACAGUCAUGUGUACUCACAAUCCUGGAGAUUUCAUGCCAUGUGGCGUAACAGAGGUGACAUGCACAUCAACGGAUGAUGCAGGGAAUUCUGUGUCCUGUUCUUUCCAAGUAAACAUUGUAUGUGAAUGCGUUUGCUCUGUCGGAGGAGACCCACACAUCACCACAUUUGACCAGACUCAGUUCUCGUUCCAAGGAAUUUGUACAUACGUUCUGGUAAUAGAUGAACUCGCCGUGUACCCAGAAUUCCAGAUCCAUGCCGAAACAGUACCUCACCCUUCAUUGCCCACUUCCCAAGUAGAGAAGGUGACAGCAUUCAUAUUCCAACAGAAGGUCGAACUGUUACAGGAUGACAAAGUUAAGAUUAAUGGAUUGAAUGUUGAGCUGCCACAUUCCACGCCAUUCUAUGAAGCAAGACGUGUAGGGUUCGAAGUUCUUUUUAAAUACUACGGGAAAUUCUGGAUCAGAUGGAAUGGCCGUAACAGAGCUGUCAUUGGUUUAGACAGUACUUAUAGAUCUAAUACCCUCGGCCUCUGUGGUCCAUGUGACGGAGACGAUAGUAACGACAUGCUAUUGCACUCUAGAGCGAUUGCAUCCACAGUAUAUGAGUUUGGCAACGACUGGAAACUAGAUGAAAGUUGCGCUGAUGUCACUGACGAUAUUUCGUGCGACGUAGACGAUACACCUUUCAGAGAGGCGUGUGGGAUCAUAUCUGAUAGUAACGGACUGUUCGCUGAUUGCCACGAUGUAUUGCCGUAUGCUCCCUAUUUCGAAGAGUGCGUGAGUGAGAUGUGUCUUAAAGGCGAACUGACGUGCGAUGUAUUGGAAGCUUACUAUUCAGACUGCAAAUUGGCGAAUGUUAACUUGCCAACAUUCCGAGAAGACACUGGCUGCAGUGUGGAUUGUCCGCCUAACAGCCAUUAUGACGACUGUGUAUGCCCCACUGACUGUUCAGCGACGGAAGAGUGCAAUGAACCAUGCGUUGAGGCCUGUGUCUGCGAUGAAGGCUAUGUCUUGAGCGAUGACAUAUGUGUUCCAGAUGGUGACUGUGGAUGUGUUGUAGAUGGAGAAUAUCACCCAAUUGGAGAUAUCUGGUAUAAUUUGGACUGCACGCUACAAUGUGAAUGCCUUGAUGAUGGAACUGUCCAUUGUGUACUCAUAUCUUGUGGUGAGGAAGAGAUUUGUACAAUCGUCGACGGAGAAAGAGAUUGUUUCUGUCUAGAUGUGGUGGAAGAAACUGGCGAAUGCCAAGAACCCUGUUAUCCACACGAGUUUGUAGUCGAUAUAACCUGCCCUAUUGACAUGUCAGUUGACGACGACGAUUUCGAUGAUUUGGUUACUGUUUACUACGAUUUGGCGGAGGCAACCAUAGACGAGGGAAAUGUUCUGGUGGAAUGUCUUCCACCGCCAGGUUACGCGUUCCCAGUGGGAGUGACGGAAGUGGUGUGCACUGCGUAUACCCCAAAUCCGAGUAUCUCAGCUGAGUGUUCUUUCUUUGUCGAAGUAAUUGAAGCUGAUGACGAACCACCUGUCAUAACAUGUCCAACUGUACCCUCCGUGUGGGACAUAGACGAGGAUGGCGAAACUGUGACAUAUGAAGCUACUGCCACUGACAACGUUGGUGUUGUCAAUAUUAUAUGUACUCCAGCAUCAGGCUCUGUCUUCAGCAUCGGUUCAACAGAGGUAGAAUGCACCGCAUACGAUGCCAUGGGGAAUUCCGCUAGCUGUACAUUUGUAGUAACUUUGAAGCCCGGUGUUGUCGGCCCUACAGAACAGACUUGCGUCCGAUACUUGAUUUUUACAUGUCAAAAGAAAUGGAUAGAUGCCAAAGAGUUCUGUCUGGCCUUGCAACCCGAGGGCUUCCUCGCUGAAAUCUACAGUGAAGCCACCAACAACGCACUUGCCGAGUACAUUCAAAAUGGGGGCCCAGGAUUGACAUGCGAUGAUUACUGGAUUGGGCCGAAGUAUUUCAGCGGCGAAUGGAAUUACCGUGGAUAUAGUAAGCGGGAUAUCUGCUACGAGAAUUGGCAAUCCGGUCAUCCUAAAAACCAGAAGAAUCGAUGUGGAGCAUUCAGGGGCGGUGACAAUCCUGGAUCGUGGUUGAGUGAUCGUUGCCAUCAACCCAAGUUUUUCAUAUGUAGAUGCUAAAAUCAGUUAACGUGUGGAAAGAAAACUUAAUCAUCGAAUUGUGUUAUAUGUUAUAUGUUAUAUUAUUAAUAGAAACAUGAAGCUCUAAAUAAAUUAUUGAUAAUAGAAUUAUAAAAAAA